CCAAGAAGUAACAUCGUUCUGGAAAACACUAAUUACCAAGUGGAUAGGGUUUAGAGUCAGAAUUAUUCUAUUUCUUCACUUAUUUCUGCCUAACUUGAACUUUAAUAAUGAAUUUUUUUGAAUAUCUUCAAUAUAAAUGCUAUUACUGUUCAGUCUGUAUGGCUUUCGUACAUUGUCCUGUUUCAUAAAUGUCAACAGGGUUUUCUGAGAAUCCAAUUAGUGAUAAUGAUAUUGUAGAAUCUAGUCAUUCACCUAUUGAAGAGACUGAUUUCACUCAGCAGUCAACAUCACCACCAUUAGGAGACAAAACAACACAACAAUCAACUCCCCCUCAUUCAUCAUCGCCAAUACUACAACCAACAGCAACAAUACUAACUGACACACAAGCAGAAAUUCAAAAACCGGAAGAAACUCAACCUAUUCAACCAGAAUUUACUGAGAUAAUAACAGACAGAAAUAAAUUAGAGCAUUGUGUUGAGUUAGACUCCUCAACUAAUUUUGUGUCAAAAGAAUCCAGUCUAGAUAGAGAAAAUUGUGAUAACAAUAUGACGAAUCAAGAUGACAGAGGAAAUAUAUCACCUAACUGGAUACCUGAGCAACACUAUAAUGUUUAUACAUGUUCUACUACGACGCCAAGUUCACAAACGGUUUUACGGCUGAAGCAAUAUUAUACGAGUUUAGAAGAGUCAACAAAGCCAUGUGAAACUAAACUUACAGAAACGAACAAUAAUAAUAGAAAUAGUCGUAAUGGAAGAUCACUCCGCAAAUUAAGACGCAAUACAUUUGAAAGAUCAUCACACCGAUCAAACUCAAAAAAUAAUGGAGAACAAGCUGAUCACAUCGAAAACUUCAGUUCAUUUAAAGAUGAAAAGGUAAAUACAUCUGUAGAAGAAAUGCGUAAAUUGUUUGAAUCUGGUCGCUUUACCGAUCAUAAUAAAAAACAAACGGUAGCUGAAACAGUAGUGACAUCAAAAGAACAAAAUGAGAAAUCUAAUGAUUUAAAUAGUUCCAAACCAUUUAAAGUGAUCAAAUCACUUCCUGAGAAUACCGUAGAAUUUCAUUCGCGUCCGCCAAAGUUUCGGACUCCUAGUCCUAAACCUUUUAAUCUACCGACACCACCUCCACUACCUCUACCACCAGCUAUUGAAUCCGUCAACAAAUCUUAUGAGAUUAAUGGUGUUACUAACAAUAAUAUAAGUAGUACAAAUAAAGUAAGGAAUAAAAUGAAAUGUAAAAAUAAAAAUUAUUCAUCCUGUUGGAGUCAACCUGCUAAGCCAAUAUUAUCAAUGAGUUUACCAUUUCGCUCACGAUCUUUGGCGAUUGACAGGAAAUCAGACCUAACUCAUGGUAACAGAGGAGGUUCUUUAUCUCGUUAUCGUGCUUGCUCAAUUACUCAGCGAUCACUAUCACCAUUACCCAAUACACUAUCCUUUAAGGAUGAUCAGAUUGAUAAGGCAGCUAAAACUAAUUUCUCAAAAUCUUCAGAUUUAAAAUGUUCGAGAUUAAAUAAUUUUACUGACACUAAUACUAAGAAUACAGAGUUCGGAAAACAGGAGUCUAAUCACUCUACAGUCCAUUGUAAUGUCUGUAAUGUCAAGCCUGAUCAAAUCGUUUGUAUGAAUCCUUCAUCUACCGAUGGUGUGUAUGUUAGAUCUGCUGUAGUCUAUGAGCGUGUGAAUGGAAAACCUCUUUCGAAGGAGCCCAAAAACUUUAUUACGACGUAUGUAGUAUCUAAGUGGCCAAGUCCAAGUCAAGCAACUGUUCAGGCUACAAAUUUAUGGGUUGCAGAACAGUCUCUGCAACAAUAUGACCAGAGGUUGCCUACACCUUACAGAACACAAGCGUUGUCAAAACUCAAUACUACAGCUCAAUCUAGUGAGUCGAAAGAAAUCCAGUUAUAUCAUAGUAGUCCAGUCGAUAAUCUAGCCAAGCCGAAAAAAAAUACUAUACAGCAAAAAGAUCGGAGUUUGGUAGUUCAGCCAAGAAUUAAAUUUGAUCAGCAUGAUCAUACACGUACAUUCACUCAUACUAGGAAUAGAUCUUUGUCUCCACAACCGUUACCCACUCCACCUUCAACUGAAUUACACCCACAUAUAUUACGUUGUACUAGUGGUCAGUGCAGUCCAUCCCAUCAAAGUCGUAUAUCCCAAUCUUUCGUGGAUAAAUCCAAUAAUCUAGAUAAAGUGCAACGAUCAACAUAUCACAGACCUUAUUUAAGUCGUUCGUGGUCAGUAAAAUCACUAUCCCCACCACCACCUUUCCGAAGUCAGUGGCUUAGUUCUAUGAGUGCAUCAAGAAGCAGACAGAAAAUAUUUGAUAAAUUUAACAGUUUAGCACGUGAUAUGCAUCCCAGAAUCAAUGCAGAAUCAUUUUGUAAACAUCAUAGAGGUCGGGAACCAAACCGAAUAAUAAACUGCACCAAACACAGAAGUUGUAUUGAGUCAUACCGCAGGGAAAGCGCAAGACGUUUACGAAACCAUGAAAAGAGGGAUUGGGUAAAACGAGCAGAAGAAAUCAGUGAUGAUAGACAAAAAUACCAUGAACUUAGAGGAAGUUGGUCGCCACCAGUUAUGCGAAGUCCACCAAAUGCAACACCAAAUAAUAUGGAGGAACGUACGGAGAAGGAAAUUCAGCGAUACAUAAGACAGCAUUCCCCCCCAGCUCGGUCCCCUCGUGUCUCAAUUCCUAGGUAUUCAUCUUAUUAUCCACAAGAAUAUGUCAAAUCGUUAGAUAAAGGCAUACAGUGUGACAGUGUUGAAGCAGGAGGAUGUGCGUAUCAAGCAAUUGAUAAGUAUGCUGAUGACUGCAUAGACACUACCCCAAUCGCAGAAGAUUUUGAUAAAAAACGUGCAUAUUUUGAAGAGUUGAUCAAAAUAAAUAGAAACUUAGCUCAGUGUUCAUUUUGUAAUGACUAG